AGGCGGUAAGGGGAGGCAGCAGUGGUCCUGUGGGCAGCCAUGAGUGGGUUCGGGGCUGUGGCGCCGCUUCCCGGGUCCUCGGCUGCGGCGGGCGGCCGGAAGGGCAGCAGCGACAGCCUAGAGAAGAUCGACAUGUCGCUCGAUGAUAUAAUUAAACUGAACAAGAAAGAAGAGAGAAAGCAAUAUUCUCCCAAAAUGAAAAGAGGGCUUCAGCAGAAUCAAACUCGACAGUUCAGGGCACCAGGCUCUAAGUGGGGAACCCAACAGCAGAAAGGUUAUGGUAUAAAUCGUUUGGGACGCAGAAAGAAGAUAGCAGGGAAGAAGCGUUCUUAUGGAGUUGUAACUGGCUUGGCAGCCAAGAAAGCAAUGGGUUCACGCAAAGGAAUUAGUCCUCUGAACAGGCAGCCACUUAGUGAGAAGAAUGCACAGCGGUAUUACCCAGUUUUGAAAAAGAAAACAAACCUGCGGAGACAAUCUGAAAUGCAGAGAAAACAAGCUCCAGCCCUAAGGAGGCAUGCCCUGCUAAACAGAAGGAAUAAUGCGUUGUCAGCUUUUGCCAGAAUUGGAAACAAACUAAAUCAGCAGAAAGAGACUCGUCAAGCAACUUUCCUGUUUAGAAGGGGCCUGAAGGUACAAGCCCAAGUGCAGUCAACAGAUGAUCUUGAUAAUCAGAUAGUAAAGAGAAGUCGUCAAUGGCGAACUUCUACCACAACUGGAGGGAUUCUGACUGUGUCUAUUGACAACCCAGGAGCCAUCAUAACCCCAAUUUCCCCAAAAUUGCGAUUAACUCGUACUCCUGUGCCACCAUUUCUGAUGAAGAGGGACCAAUCUGAAGAGAAGAAGAUUCCCAAAGGGGUUCCAUUGCAGUUUGAUAUUAAUAGUGUUGGAAAACAGACAGGGAUAACGUUGAACGAACGUUUCGGGAUCCUGAAGGAACAAAGAACAGCACUGUCUCAGAACAAAGGGAGCCGUUUUGUAACAGUGGGCUAACCUGACAGAUGGACUUGAGCACUGAUCUCACCUACCUAAGAAAUGGAGAUAGAAGUGGGCAGAAGUAUACAGCACACAUCACUGAAAUUCUCUGGACUUCAUGCUGAGAUGGUGGCAAGAGUUUUCUCUCUUUAUUACUUUGAAUAGUAAAAGACAUGCUGUCCUGAGAGGGGGAAAGUGGGGAAACUGAUCUGCUGGAGUGGCACCAUCACCUGGCUGGAAAGGAUUCUGUGGCCCAGCUGACAACAAACACUGAUUUUGGUUCUUGUAACCAAAAUACAAAAAUCUUAAAAGUUU